GAAAGCUUCAUUCAUCUGAAGACCGACAGGACGAUCAUAUACUACGCAUUCGACAGUCCGAUCAACUUAGACUGCACCAUUGGAUACCAUACUCGCUACUCUGGUGCAUCCAUAAAGCGUCUGAAUACUUGUCCGAAAACUUAUCUCUGCCGAAUGGUCGUGCUCGAAAGACACCAGUUCUGGCUGAAUAAUUCAUACGGGGCAUCGAACACAAGUUGGUAGAUCACGAUUGAAUGGGGGGAAGAGGACAUCGGGUUGAUAAAAAGAGAGAGGACGGAAUUCCAAGAUGGCAAUGAGCGCUUCUUACAUGUCGUCUCCGUCUCCGGACACUCCCUCCACCGUAUUUCCCGAACGACUCAUCCGACCGCUUCCCAGACGAACGAUCAAGUCUCGAUUAUCCCUAGAAGCUGCCGAAUCCAUCACGUAUCCUCCCCAGUUACCUUCCACGAGUCUCCCAACCUAUAGUCACUAUGGUGAAGACGGGGAAUAUUCAAAUGAUGGCAAGGUCUUAGUGCACCAUCAUGACGAACAUGAUCAUGAUUGCGAUUAUGAUCAUGAUCAUGAUCAUGACUCGGAUCACCAUGACCACGAUUGUCCUCAUCACCACCACCAUUGUUGCCACCAUGACGAUUAUGAGGAUGAUUUGGACGAUCUGGAGAGCAUGGUCCCUGCGUCUCAUUAUCUCGCCAGCUCACCACCCCGGUCUGGACGCCACCCAAGGUAUUCGAAGGGGAGCGUUUCAGGUCCUGAUGGGUAUGAGGCUUUCGAAAAUACAAACAACAAGAAGAAACGAAAGAUACCCACGUCAGGCAGUCUGAGUUUGCAUCAUUCUAGCAUGACGAGUGAUUUUGCGCACAUGGGUAUCAACAAUGAUGGAUCCGCUGAUGAUUCACAUUAUCACAUGAAGCACGGAGGCUCCAGUCCUGGACACGGUAUCCAAGGAGCCGGUAGGGGACGAAAUGCAAGAAAGGUUUCGGGCCGAAACCCGCUUGGUGUCUCGGUCAAUGGCUCAAAUGCUCGGUCAAAGUAUGACCAGAACCUGAGCGCCAACGCUAAAGCCGAAGAUUCGAGAGACCAGGGCAUCAUUUCUGCCGCCAUCGCAAACGCUACUGCCUUGUUGCGGAAGCCAUUGGGGAAGGGACAAGAGAACAUGGGUGUGUUGGAUCAACAAGCAAAACAAGCGCAUACGAAUUCGCAAUUCACAUUUACCUGCGAAACGGAGGCGAAAGGAGUGACUUUCCCGGAGCAGAGUCUCUACUCGCCGGGUUACAGUCAGCGCAAUAAUUUAGGACCUCAGAGUCAAGCAGCCGCCGGUCAAAAAGUGCCGGCACAAGGAAUACAGAGUGGACCUGCGAACACUCAACAAGUACCAGCUGCACAACCUAAUGCUGCCAAUACCAACGGCAAGAAGCCUCGCAGGAGAAAGGGAGACGUGUAUGUUUUGGCCGCUCGACAAAGACGGCUGCAGCAGGAAUACAACAAUUUGCAGCACCCACCAGCACCAGAAGAUGUCUGGAUUUGUGAGUUCUGCGAGUACGAGAGCAUUUUUGGUGAACCACCACAUGCACUCAUCCGUCAAUACGAGAUCAAGGAUCGAAAGGAGCGUCGUCGGCUAGCAGAAAAGAGGAGGCUAUUGGAGAAGGCCAAACUCAAGGGCAGGAAAGGGCACCGAAAGCUGAAGAAGUCGUCUACACAUCAACCAACACCGCCACCUGAGGAACCUCUCCCAGAUUUCGGCGACGACCAUCUGGACAGUCUUGUCGAUGAUGAGUUGGAUGAUGAGUAUGAGAAUGAUCCAGUUUCACCAACGCCUGUCCCAGCACCAGUAGCUACGAAUCGGCCAGCUGGAGGCACAGGUGCGAAUGCGACCACCGACAAGGCUGGAGGAACAGGAGGCGGAGGAGGGCUACGAUGACCAGGCGCGCUAUCAGGCGCUGUACGUCCGUUCCCUGUCGUCUCUGAGCGUUCGAAGUCUUGUCUUGUCGGAUUGGUUUUUAAUGCAUUCGUCUUGGUCUGCGUGGGUUAUUCAUUCUUGGUUCAUCGGUUCUUGGUUCUCUUUUCAU